GAUUCUCCUGCCUCAGCCUCCCAAGUAGCUGGGAUUACAGGCGCCCACCACCAUGCAUGGCUAAUUUUUGUAGUUUCAGUAGCAACGGGGUUUCACCAUCUUGGCCAGGGUGGUUCGUCUUGAACUCUUGACCCCGUGAUCCACCCGCCUCUGCCUUCCAAAGUGCUGGGAUUACAGGCAUGAGCCACCAUGCCUGGCUGGCUUUCAGCCUUUUUGUCUUUGGCUUGAAGGUGGGGUUUCACUGGGGACCUGCUCUUAUCUGCCUAGGCAUUUGACUGCCUCCUGCUGCCAUCAGGCGUAGCUCACUGCAGCCUCAACCUCCAAGGCUCAAGUGAUCUUCCCAUCUUAGCCUACCAAGUAGCUAGGACUACAGACUGCAGCAGGAGGGAGUCCAGGAGCCAAGGUUGCCGCAGUGUCUCCGUCAGCUUCACCAUGAACCUGGAACCGCCCAAGGCUGAGUUCCGGUCAGCCACCAGGGUGGCCGGCGGACCUGUCACCCCCAGGAAAGGGCCCCCUAAAUUUAAGCAGCGACAGACCAGGCAGUUCAAGAGCAAGCCCCCAAAGAAAGGCGUCCAAGGGUUUGGGGAUGACAUCCCUGGAAUGGAAGGCCUGGGAACAGACAUCACGGUCAUCUGCCCUUGGGAGGCCUUCAACCACCUGGAGCUGCACGAGCUGGCCCAAUAUGGCAUCAUCUAGCACCAGGCCCUGCUGAGGUCCAGACCCUCCCCCUCCUGCCCUCUGUGCUCUAAACCCUGCUCAGGAUUCCUGUUGAGGAGACGCCUCCCUAGCCCAGAUGGCACCUGGACACCAGGGUGGGACUGCAACCUAAGGUCUCCCCCUACAUAUUAAUAUCAGUCACCAGGAGUCCACUACCUCCUUCCAGGAUGCCCCCUCAGGGGCUGGCCAGGCCCUGCUCAACAUCCGGAGAUAGAGGCCCACCCCUCAGUCCUGCCCACAGAGAGGCUUGGCCAGUCUCCACUCCCAGGGAGAACGGGAAGUGGACCCCAGCCCGGGAGCCUGCUGGACCCCGGAUCGUCCCCUCCUCCCAGCUGGAAAGCUAGGGCAGGUCUCCCCAGAGUGCUUCUGCACCCCAGCCCCCUGUCCUGCCUGUAAGGGGAUGCAGAGAAGCUCCCCAUCUCUGCAUCCCUUCCCAGGGGGGUGCCCUUGGUUUGGACAUGCUGGGUAGCAGGACUCCAGGGCAUGUACGGUGAGCAGAUGAGGCCCCAUGCUCAUCACACCAGGGAGCCAUCCUUCUCAAUACAGCCCACCCUUGCAGUCCCUAUUUCAAAAUAAAAUUAGUGUGCCCUCGCC